AUGGUGCUGGUGGGCAACAAGUCUGAUCUGGCGGAGCAGCGCGAGGUCAGCGAGGAGGACGGCCGCGCCUUUGCCGAGGCGCACCGCAUGCUGUUCUUUGAGUCAUCCGCCAAGACAGCUGCCAAUGUGGCUGACGUGUUUGACGCACUGGCUAUGCGGCUCACGGGUGCCAGCCUGCCCGUGUCGUCCAGCGCGCCUGCAGUGUCAUGA